AUGCUCGGUCAUCCAGAGGGACAGCAGAUUGCUGUGAGUCCUGGCUGGGGACUCACCAGACAGUUGUGUGUGCGGAAGCCGGAGAUGCAAAGAGCGGGNCUGGCGACCGCGGGCGGCGGCGGCGGCGGCAGCAUCAGCGCCGGCGGCGGCGUUGGCGCCUCCAGCACCCCCAUCAACGCGAGCACCGGCGGCGGCGGCGGCAGCAGCAGCAGCAGCAGCAGCAGCAGCAGUAGCAGCAGCAGCAGCAGCAGCAGCUGCGGCCCCCUCCCCGGCAAACCCGUGUACUCGACCCCGUCCCCAGUGGAAAACACCCCCCAGAAUAAUGAGUGCAAAAUGGUGGAUCUGAGGGGGGCCAAAGUGGCUUCCUUCACGGUGGAGGGCUGCGAGCUGAUCUGCCUGCCCCAGGCUUUCGACCUGUUCCUGAAGCACUUGGUGGGGGGCUUGCACACGGUCUACACCAAGCUGAAGCGGCUGGAGAUCACGCCGGUGGUGUGCAAUGUGGAGCAGGUUCGCAUCCUGAGGGGACUGGGCGCCAUCCAGCCCGGAGUGAACCGCUGCAAACUCAUCUCCAGAAAAGACUUCGAGACCCUCUACAAUGACUGCACCAACGCCAGUUCUAGACCUGGAAGGCCUCCUAAGAGGACUCAAAGUGUCACCUCCCCAGAGAACUCUCACAUCAUGCCACAUUCUGUCCCGGGUCUUAUGUCUCCUGGGAUAAUCCCACCAACAGGUUUGACAGCAGCAGCUGCGGCAGCUGCCGCUGCUACCAAUGCAGCUAUCGCCGAAGCAAUGAAGGUGAAAAAAAUCAAAUUAGAAGCUAUGAGCAACUAUCACGCCAGUAAUAACCAACAUGGAGCAGAUUCUGAAAAUGGGGACAUGAAUUCAAGUGUUGGCAGCAGUGAUGGUUCUUGGGAUAAAGAAACACUGUACUCUUCCCCACCCCAGGGAUCUCAGGCUUCUGUUACCCACCCCCGCAUACCUGGAGUGCAUAGCCUUCCAGUUAGUCAUCCUCUCCACCAUCUUCAGCAGAGCCACCUUCUGCCAAAUGGACUGGAGCUCCCUUUUAUGAUGAUGCCCCACCCUCUAAUUCCUGUCAGCCUACCUCCAGCAUCUGUCACCAUGGCAAUGAGCCAGAUGAACCAUCUUAGCACCAUUGCAAAUAUGGCGGCAGCAGCACAAGUUCAGAGUCCCCCAUCCAGAGUCGAGACAUCUGUUAUUAAGGAGCGUGUUCCCGACAGCCCGUCACCUGCCCCCUCCCUGGAGGAGGGCCGAAGGCCUGGCAGCCACCCAUCAUCUCACCGCAGCAGCAGUGUGUCCAGCUCCCCAGCGCGGACUGAGAGCUCCUCGGACAGAAUUCCUGUCCAUCAGAAUGGGUUGUCCAUGAACCAGAUGCUGAUGGGUUUAUCACCAAACGUACUCCCUGGGCCCAAAGAGGGAGAUUUGGCUGGUCAUGACAUGGGACAUGAGUCAAAAAGGAUGCAUAUUGAAAAAGGAAGUCCAAGAAUGAAGUGAAUGUCCUUAUUUGCUCCAACAUUCCUGUCUUCUUAGUUUUGUUUGAGUCCAUACUGUUACUA